AUGAAUCUUAAACUUUCUGCUAUUGAAAGUUACUUUUUCCAUAGAAGCAGACUAAAUUUGCAUUCAUGUUUUUAUGUCGGAAUCAAACUCAACGAAUUGCCCAAAAAAAGUCAACUGAUAGCGGCUCUUAAGUAUACUGUAAUCCAACAUGAACGUUUGACUUGUAAUGUAUUCUAUGAUGAAUUGAAAAAGGAAAACUUCCUACAAAACAUUCUUGAGCCACUGAAAUUUUGCGAUCUAGUAGAAUACCGCCACGAUUGGGACCAGUUAGGGGAAACCGAAAUUAACCACAUCUUUCAAAGGUAUAACUUUUCAUACAACGAGAAUAAACCUUUAUGGAAAAUUCUGAUCCUCCCUAAUCAAAAUCAAAUGCUAUUGCUGACAGAUCAUGUUCUCAUGGAUGGGAUGUCCGCUAUUCAUGUGUGGGAAACGUUUAUGGAAGGCCUACAGAUGCAACAGCCGGUUGAAAUUGAUGAAACAAUAUAUUCACCAUCAUUAAAUUCAUCAACUGAAAAAAUAAUGUCAGCCCCACUAUACGGAGAUUGGCCCAUACCUUGGAAUUGGCAUAUAGUGCGACAAUUGGUCAGUAGACUACAUUAUUGGUUUCCACAAACAGUCGUAAAAAACAAUAGAAAUUUAAUCCAAUUUGCCAACUACUCAUUUCCAAAAGACCUGCUGGAUGAUAAACCGAGCGAUGGAACUCAAAAAUACAAAGUUAAAAACACGAACCAUCAAUGGGAGUUUCGAUUAUCGCCGACCCAUCUCAACGACAUUUUACAAGAAUGCAAGGCCAAUAAUACUUCGUUGACUUCCCUUUUAGGUGCCCUGGUCUGCACCAGUUUCGAAAAAAUAGCUGCACAUGAGUAUACCGGAUCAUUUUUGAAAAUUGAAUUACCAAUGAAUAUUAGAAAGCCUUUUGAACGAGUCUUGAAAUUACCUUCAGAUGAUAAGCUCGCCGUGGGAAAUUUUAUUGCGGUCAUAGAAUUCAACCAUAAACUACAUCAAAACCGUGGAAUAUGGGAUAUCGCUUCUCAAAUUCAAAGGGCCAUAAGAAGCAGUUCCGAGGAUAAAAUAAUAGAUAAAGUAAACGAAGUAAAGUUAUUGGAGGUUAUUUCUUCUCAACAAUACAUAGAAGAUAAAAUUAGCUUGAAUAACGGACCUUCUUCCACAUUUGAAGUAACAAACUUAGGAUUUCAAACAUUUAAAGAUGCAUGCAACACCAGUUUACCGUUUUAUAUAGUGGAUGCUACAUUCAACGAGCCGCAAGGAAUAUCUUCAAUUUUCUCACUAAGCGUAAUCUCUACUCCUGGUAACGGACUACAUUGUUGUAUCAGUUAUCCAAAUACUCUCACUAAAGUGCUAGAACCCCACUGGCAAUAUAUGAAAGAUUACUUAAAUUUAUACUAG